AUGUAUACUUCUCUGGAAGUCUUAAUUGUCCUAAUGACUCUCACACCUCCAACACCUCGUAUACCUCGUAUACCUCCAACACCUCCAACACCUCCUAUACCUCCUACACCUCCAACAUCUGCAACAACUCCUACAUCUCCAACACCUCCUAUACCUCCUAUACCUCCUACACCUUCUAUACCUCCUAUACCUCCAACAUCUCCCACACCUUCAACAUAUCUUGUAUAG